GAGGGACGAGAGGACGGUCUGUAUCUAGAGAUGGUUUUAUACCGGAGCUGCUGGCUGGUGAUUCAUUGUGUCUCUGCUGGAGUUUGAGCGCGUGGAUGCGGAUGCUGCGUCGGUGGUGUCUCGCGCUGAGAUGCUGAUGGCAGGCCGGACCUCUCCAACCUGUACCGUGGAUGGAUGUUAGACUAGCUGACAGACGAUAAAUCAGGGGAAAAGAGAGCAACAGGCCAGUUAGAUCCGGUCUGCAAAGAGGGGACUGGACCGGCUGUGUGAGGAGGAGGAGGAGGUGGAGGAGGCGACAUGUUCUGAGCGGAGAGCCGGGGAGCGGCGGCGGCUGGCGGGAUGAAGGCGCCGAGGAGACCGAGGCAGACGCGGCUCCUCCCCCGGUUCUGCGUCUGUGGAGUCGGUCUGCUCACAGCUGCCUGGAUCUUUAACUUCAGUGAUGUUGCAGGCUUCCGUGGACACACUGUGGAUCAUGACAUCUCCUUUUCCAAGAGAGGGCUUAUCAAACAUGAGGACAACAACCAGACUGACAGCAGGAGAUCUGCUAUCAGCGAUUUUCCUGAAGACAUCUUCACGAUGGAGCAGCGGAGACAGGGAGCGGUACUCCUUCAUGUUCUCUGUGCGAUCUACAUGUUUCAUGCGCUGGCCAUUGUGUGUGACGUUUACUUUGUGCCAUCACUGGAAAAAGUAUCAGAGAACCUUCAGCUCAGUCAAGACGUUGCCGGGGCAACCUUCAUGGCAGCCGGGAGCUCCGCCCCCGAGCUCUUCACCUCUCUGAUUGGGGUGUUUAUCACAAAAGGAGAUGUAGGUGUGGGAACUAUUGUGGGAUCAGCUGUCUUUAACAUCCUGGUCAUCAUCGGCCUCUGUGGGAUCUUUGCUGGACAGCCGAUCUCGCUGAGCUGGUGGCCUUUGUUUCGUGAUGCCGUCUUCUACAUCCUGUCCAUAGUGGUGCUUAUCCUGGUGAUCUAUGAUGAAAAAGUCAUGUGGUGGGAGACCAUCAUCCUGAUCUCGAUGUACGGAAUCUACAUAAUCAUCAUGAAGUUCAACAGAUCUCUGUGCAGCCUGGUCGAGAGACACUGCAGCAGAGCAGGUCAGCCGUGUCUGAGCGGGCUGCGGCGGACGACUGCUGUCGGAAACAUUGGAGACUGUGACAACGACAUGGUGCCGCUGAAGCCAGAUUCGUCUGUGGUGGCCGGCCAGGACUCAGGGGUGGUGAUGGUGGAUGAGCUGCUGAACUUGCACCCCCACCAGCUCUCCUUCUCAGAGGCAAGCCUCCGCCUUCUCAUCACCCCGCAUUUCCCCCCCUUCACCCGCCUGCGCAUGGCAGGACGCAUGGUCAUCAAUGAGAGGCAGAGGCUGAUUCGGGCCCGGGGCGGGGCGGAGGAGGGGGGAGCUACAGGGGAGGAAGGUUUGGGUGCUAACGGGGCCUGGGGGAGGGAGAACGGGACGAUGGCGGAGGGAGACAGGCAGCCGCUGGAGGGAGAGAGGUGUAAAGAGACGCGUGGAGAGGCAGGCGGGCAACCUAAAGAAGAAGAGGAGGAGGAGGAAGAGCAGGAGGACGGAGAGGAGGAGAACACUCCUUUCAAACCCUUCGUUCUGCCAGAUGGUUGGUGUGUGCGUGUGAAGUGGCUGCUCUCUUGGCCCGUGAGCGUCCUGCUUUACUGCACCAUCCCCGACUGUAACCUGCCACGCUGGGAGCGCUGGUACCUGCUCACUUUCCUGUCCUCCACACUCUGGAUAGCCCUCUACUCCUACCUCAUGGUCUGGAUGGUGACCAUUAUCAGCUACACACUUGGAAUCCCAGAAGUCAUCAUGGGCAUCACUUUUUUGGCAGCUGGAACCAGCGUCCCCGACUGCAUGGCUAGCCUCAUCGUUGCCAGACAAGGAAUGGGUGAUAUGGCUGUGUCCAACUCCAUUGGCAGUAAUAUCUUUGAUGUGCUGCUGGGCCUGGGUUUCCCCUGGGCGCUGAGGACUCUCAUCGUCAGCUACGGAUCAGUGGUGACUAUCAACAGCAAAGGCCUGGUGUACUCAGUGAUUCUUCUGUUGGCCUCAGUCACGCUCACUGUCCUCUGUGUCCACCUGAACUGCUGGAGGUUGGACCGCAAGCUGGGACUCUGUCUCAUACUGCUCUAUGGCAUAUUUCUCCUCUGCUCUGUCGGCUUCGAGAGGUUGUAGAAGACACACACACACUCCCCACAUACCACACCCAUGCACCAAGUCACACAAAGGGAUGCACAGACAAGUGGUCCGACUUGUUUCUUCACCUUUACUGCUGCCAUUAUUCAUCAAACAUACGGACAGAUAACUUUUCAUUUCACUGAAGCUGUUUACCUUUGAUAAAUGAGUAUUUUACAUAGUUUUGUACCGAGCACCUCCAGCCCAGACUUUGUGAAAUCAAACCCAACUAAUAAUGCACUAUGUCUCACAGCAAAUUUAUAAAGUAUUACAUUUGUGUUCUGAACCCAAGAAUAUUGUAUAAGAAACCCCAAAGUGUGUUAGUUUACUUAUGGAUACUUUAUGACUGCCACAGAUAACCUCAAUGACCAGAUGAUUCCACAUGUAAGUUUAUAUAGUUGCUUCUCAGUGCGUGAAGUUAGUUUAUGUAAGUAUUGUCGAGUUUUCAUCACGCCUUUGUGUCUGUAGUUGCAAACAGCAUAGCAUGGCUGAUCAUCACGCUCCAGGUAAUUGCACUAAGCCACUGUUGUCUUGGCCUUGUACAUAAGGUAGGCCCGCCCCCCUCUCUUUCCUUAAAGCUUUUCAGCACAGAGGUGGUGGUUUUGUGCUGAAACAAA